AUGAACUUCUUCCACGUCCACCCCGCGAAUCCGCGAGACGAUUUCAUGCUCCUUUCACCACUCGACCCGGAUCGCGAACUGAGCACCUACCAAUGUCACGACAGGAAACGGAAAUACUACUUCUGUCCCAAAUGCGGAGUGCGAUGCUUGACGUUUGGGGGCGUGGGCGAGACCCAUGUCGUGGAUUUCACGGAGCUAGCCCUAGGUGACGAUAACAGAGACGAAGAAGAAGAAGAAGAAGGGAAGAGAGAAGUUUGGCGCGCCAAGUGGGAUGGAGAGGAUGAUACCAGACCGUACGUUUCGGUCAACGGGACUACGAUUGAUUACAGAGAGGACUUGGAUCUGCGCGUGCUCACGGAGGAGAAGAGGGUGCAGUAUUUUGAUGGUCGGAGUGAGCCGGACGAGGAGAAGGAGCCGAGAUGGGACAGACCACAUGAUGGUGGAAGUUAUUGA